CCCCAGGGUGCGCCGGCGGCCGAGCGGCCUUUGGCACCGCGAUUGCCCAGCGGCCGCUCCCCCCGGGGCAGCGCCGUCUCCUGGCUGCAAACCGGUCCCUGGCCGGGCAGAAAGCUCCGCUCCCAGCGCCGCAGGGGCGCCCGGCUAUUACCACAUGUGACUCAGCCCGCCCCCGGGGCGUGCCCGCCCGGGCGCCCAGGUGCGGCGAGUUUGCGCUCUCCCUCCUGUCCCCGCAGCCCGGGGCGCGGCCGGGCUCUUGGCGGUGCAGGUGCAGGGGGCCGGCGGCAGCGCCGCGGAGAAGCCCCGCUGCCCGGGAAGAUGCGACUGGGCUGGAGCCACAGAUUACCACAGCAGAUAUUGAAAUGCCAAUAUUGAUCCUGGGGGGGAUACAGCCUAUCCCUUGCUCCUCUGGCUCAUGAAGCUGUACACUGGUCACCUUGGCAGCAUCAAGGACAGAUUCAACUACCAUCUCAACAGACCUUGUGAAGUUAUCAGGACUUAUGUUAGCAUCAGUGUGUGCUUGGUAUUUGGGAUACCUGUUUGCAGAUAUCGUACCUGAAGAUUCGCUAUCAUCAGCUAUCGAAAAUCUUCAGAGUAUUGGAGAGAAACCAGUACUUAAGGCGCCACCCCCCAAAAGACAGAAAUGUGACCAUUGGUCUCCGUGCUCACCUGGGAGCUAUGCUUAUCGAAUACUCAGUGGUGGUGGCAAGGAAAAGUUUGCCAAAAUUUGUUUUGAAGAUGAGCUGCUCAUAAGUGAACAGAAGGGUAAUGUUGGAAGAGGUAUAAACAUUGCCAUCGUGAAUUAUAAAACAGGAAAAGUUAUAUCUACAGAGUUUUUUGACAUGUGGGAAGGAGACUUCUCGGGACCCAUGACUACUUUCAUUAAAAAUGCACCUCAAGGGUCACUUCUCUUGAUGGUGACCCAUGAUGAUGGAAGCAGCAGAUUAAACGAUGGUGCAAAAAAAGCAAUAGCAGAACUUGGCAGUAAAGAAAUAUGGAACAUGAAGUUCAGGUCAAGCUGGGCCUUUAUAGCUGCCAAAGGUUUCACUCUACCAGAUGACAUUCAAAAAGAAAAGAUCAACCAUUCUGACAAUAGCAAGAACAGAUAUAAUGGCUGGCCAGCUGAAAUCCAGAUAGAAGGUUGUAUCCCAGUAAACCUGAUCUGAUCUUACAUUUUGCUAAUAAAGUCAUAUAAAUUAUUUUUAUAUAUGGUUGCAGUCAUAAAACCAAUAAGCAU